CAUAAACUAAGCAAAUGUUACAUAAAUCCUAAAGCCUAUCCUAGUUUACUCUUACAAUAUUUACAAAAUAUUUUCCCAAAAAUUAAUAAAUACCUAUUCAACGCGUCUUAUCUUCUCUUAUUUUCUUUUCUACCGUGUUUCUUAAAAGGGUGCCAAAUGCCAAUAGACAACCGAUUUUUAGAAGCUACAAAAUAAUCAUCGCUCUUUCCUUCUCCGGUUCCUACGCCCUCUCACCCGAGACAAGUCUCAAAACUAUGCAAUGGACGAGCAAUCAUUACGGGGCUUAUGAGUCAUAGUAUUAUGGCAGAUUUGUAUACAACAAUACUAAAUCUACAUUUGGGCAAAUACGUAAGCAUUUUCUUCUUUCUUUCUUGAUCAAUUUCAUUCUUCCCCAUUGAUCACCACUCUCUGUCUCCAUCGUUUCACUUUCAUCUCAUUUGGGCGUCACAUUUUCCUUAUAAUCAUGGCCUAUAUUUCUCAACAGCCUUCAAAUGGCUUUAGAGAAGAGCGAGACACAUUUGGGCCAAUUCAAGUUUCCGCUGAUAAGUUGUGGGGCGCGCAAACUCAAAGAUCAUUGCAGAAUUUUGAAAUUGGCGGGGAGCGCGAGCGGAUGCCGGAGCCCAUAAUUCGUGCAUUCGGCAUCCUCAAAAAAUGUGCGGCAAAGGUGAACAUGGAAUAUGGGCUUGAUCCAGCCAUUGCUAAGGCCAUCAUGCAGGCUGCUCAAGAGGUUGCUGAUGGAAUGCUAAAUGAACAUUUUCCACUCGUCAUUUGGCAGACUGGCAGUGGCACUCAAAGCAACAUGAAUGCCAAUGAGGUUAUUGCCAAUAGAGCUGCUGAAAUCCUUGGCCAUAAGCGUGGUGAAAAGUAUGUGCAUCCAAAUGACCAUGUUAAUAGAUCACAAUCUUCCAAUGACACUUUUCCAACUGUGAUGCACAUCGCAGCUGCUAUGGAAAUAAACUCAAGAUUGUUACCAAAUUUGAAGACUUUGUACGCUACUGUACAUACAAAGUCUAUUGAAUUCAAGGAUAUCGUUAAGAUUGGGCGUACUCAUACUCAAGAUGCAACCCCAUUGACGCUUGGUCAAGAGUUUAGUGGCUAUAGCACCCAAUUGCAAUAUGGAAUUGAUCGCAUCACUUGCUCUCUACCGCGCAUGUAUAAGCUUGCUCAAGGUGGAACUGCAGUUGGAACUGGCUUGAACACCAAGAGAGGGUUUGAUGCAAAGAUUGCUCAAGCAAUAGCUGAAGAAACAAAGCUACCAUUUGUUACAGCAGAGAACAAGUUUGAAGCUCUGGCUGCACAUGAUGCUUUUGUUGAAUGUAGUGGAGCUCUCAACACCAUUGCUACUUCUUUGAUGAAGAUCGCCAAUGACAUACGCUUCCUAGGAAGUGGUCCAAGAUGUGGGCUUGGCGAACUUGUUCUUCCAGAAAAUGAGCCUGGUAGCAGUAUCAUGCCGGGGAAGGUUAAUCCCACUCAAUGUGAGGCGCUUACUAUGGUUUGUGCUCAGGUUAUGGGAAACCAUGUGGCAAUAACUAUUGGUGGAUCAAAUGGUCAUUUUGAGUUGAAUGUAUUCAAGCCUAUGAUUGCAAGUGAUCUCCUUCAUUCAGUGAGAUUGCUUGGAGAUGCAUCUGCUUCUUUUGAAAAGAACUGCGUGAAGGGAAUCCAAGCUAACAAGGAAAGAAUUUCCAAGUUGCUGCAUGAGUCACUCAUGCUUGUUACAUCACUGAAUCCCAAAAUUGGGUAUGACAAUGCUGCUGCACUUGCUAAGCUUGCUCACAAGGAAGGACUUACUCUGAAGGAAGCGGCACUGAAAUUGGCAGUUCUGACCAGCGAUGAGUUUGAUCAGCUGGUUGUACCUGAGAAGAUGAUAGGACCAUCUGACUGAAGUGAAUACACUUCUUUUCAAGGCAGAAGAGUUCUUCCAUCGAUUUUGGUAGUAGAGAACAGAGGAAGUCUUGCAACUUCCUUCUUCGUCAUUUGAUAUAUUGAAUUCUUAAUCUUGCUUCACAGUUCACAUAGUUAGGAACGAAGCUCUGUAUCUAUCGGUUCUAAAAUCAUGUUUACGACACAGAUUGAUAGAAACAAGUCAUUUUAUUGGAUUCGCCAUUAAUAUAUUUACUGAUUUAUGAGGUUUAUUCAUAUUUCAACAAUCAAGACUUGUGAUCUUAGGGCACUAAUACCAUCUCUAACAAUGUCUUCCAUAGGGAAUAAGAUCACAACCAAUGAUGUUAGCUUUGUUAGUAGUUCAAGUUAUUGCUUGGAAACCUGUGUGAGGUUGGGUUUUCAUGAAAUUCUCAUAGAGCAUCACCUAACAGUCUUUCUAGACACCGAAAUUACACAAUAAGUUUCUUCUCUAGUUCAACGAAUUGUGUAAAUUCUAAUAACAAUGUUAUCUCUAUUUUCGUCUUUGUUUUGUGGAUAGAGGAUUGUCAUUAUAUAGUAUAUAUGUUUUAGUCGCGUUAUUCCUAAAAAAACUACAAAUAUUAAUUACAAACAUCAACAAUAUAUCAAAAUCUUUAAAGUAGCGUUUCAAGAUGCAAAUUGAGAGGAAAGGGAUGAUGAGAGAGUGCGGAUCCCAUGACUAAGGGGGUGCUUAGUCACUUGGCUAAGCCCCUCCCAGCCCUUAGAUCGGGACACAACAAUCUGAUGGUUAAAAAAUGGAAGGGCUAUUUAAUUAAUGACAGGGUAGCGUUUAAAGUAGCGUUUCAAGAUGCAAAUUGAGAGGAAAGGGAUGAUGAGAGAGUGCGGAUCCCAUGACUAAGGGGGGUGCUUAGUCACUUGGCUAAGCCCCUCCCAGCCCUUAGAUCUGGACACAACAAUCUGAUGGUUAAAAAAUGGAAGGGCUAUUUAAUUAAUGACAGGGUAGUUU